AUGGCACCAACGAAGGAAAAGGCCGGCGCCGGGAGCGCGGAUGAGCUUGCUGCCGUCUUCGGCAGGCAGCUGUCGAUGGCGUCUCGCUCAGUCCAUGCCGACGACCACAGGAACGACCACGCAGCCGUUGCACCGCCAAUGCACGUCUCCACGACGUUCCGCUACGACGACAAUCCCGACAAGCUCGUGGCCUGGUCCGACAUUGACCCCAGUGAGGCGCCGGACUUCUGGAUUUACUCCCGCGAGAAGGCGCCGACCGCCGUCCGGUACGAAACCAUCUUGAGCUCGCUUCUGGGAGCACCAGCCGUGUCGUACGCCUCCGGGCUGGCGGCUUUCCACGCCAUGAUCGUGUUCCUCAACCCGAAGCGGGUGGCCAUCGGCGAGGGCUACCACGGCUGCCACGGGAUCCUGAAGCUGAUGAAGAAGCUCAACGGGCUGGAGCAGCUGGACCUCGAGAGCGACGCCGACCUGGCCAAGCUGCAGCCGGGAGACGUGCUGCACGUCGAGACGCCCCUGAACCCGACGGGCGAGGCGCGCGACCUGGCCUACUACCGCAAGAAGGCGGACGAGCGGGGCUGCUACCUGACCGUCGACGCCACGUUUGCGCCGCCGCCGCUGCAGGACCCGUUCCAGUUCGGCGCCGACAUCGUCAUGCACAGCGGCACCAAGUACUUUGGCGGCCACAGCGACAUGCUCAGCGGCGUGCUGGCCGUCCGGCCGGACCGGGCGAGCGGCGGGGGGUGGCUGCAGGGGCUGCGGGAGGAGCGGCUGCACCUCGGCGGCGUCACGGGCAGCUUCGAAGCGUGGCUCGGCGUGCGCAGCCUGCGGACGCUGGAGCUGCGGGUGACGCGGCAGGCGGCCAACGCUCAGCAUCUGGUGGACUGGCUGGCGGCGCAGAAGCGGGCGGGCGGAAACGUGGUCGCGGAUCUGGUGUACAAGAUCCAGCACGCGUCGCAGCAGCCCGAGGCGGCCGACCCGGACUCGUGGCUGCGCAAGCAGAUGCCCAACGGCUACGGGCCCGUGUUCUCGCUGUGGCUGAAGACGGAGGAGCACGCGAAGCGGCUGCCCAGCAAGCUGUGCCUGUUUCACCACGCGACCAGCCUCGGUGGCGUCGAGAGUCUGGUCGAGUGGCGGGCCAUGAGCGACACGGCUGUCGACAGGAGGCUGGUGCGGGUCAGCAUCGGUGUUGAGGGCUGGGAGGACCUGAGAGACGAUUUGCUUCGGGGCCUGCAGGCGCUGAGCGAAGAACUGAAGGACUGA